AUGAAUAAGCAAGAUGCUCAAUCCAGCGAAAAGGAUCAACUUUUUGCAGAUGAUGCAAAGAUGGAAGCUAUUAACCCUGGAAAAGAGAGGAUUCCUAGAGAUCCAGAGACCUGUGACAUCCCUUUCUACGUAUCUGAAUUUGUGGAAAAGGAGGUUGGAAAUGAUUACGAUUCUUUAAGCAGGCUUGGCAGACUUAUUGAAAAGCUAUCAGAAAAUAAAGUAAAAUUAGAAGAACAGGUACUUACAGUUUCAUCUGAAGUUCCAAAAAGAAUUCAGAAGGCCUUACAGAAUGCAGAAAACUCUAAGAAGUCUCUCAACCAGCUUCUCAAGGAUGAAAGACUUUUGCAUGAUUCAAUUAACAAUCACCUGUUGAUGUCCAAACCAUGGAUGGAGAAUCUUGGUGUAUUAAUAAGUCAGAUAAAAGAAGUUGAACGACAUCUUGCCUAUUUAAAAUGGAUUUCACAAAUAGAGGAAUUAAGUGACAACAUUCAGCAGUAUCUCAUGACCAACAAUGUGCCUGAGGCUGCAACUACCUUGGCCUCCAUGGCCGAACUGGACAUCAAGCUUCAGGAGUCAUCUUGUUCUCAUCUUCGUACUUUUGUCCGAUCUACAGUUCAGUUCUGGCAUAAAAUCCUGAAGGAUAAACUAUCCAGUGAUUUUGAGGAGACUUUAGCUCACCUUCAUUGGCCAUUUGUUGGUCCAGCACAAUCCCAGCCUUUUGGCUUGGCUACAUCUCCAGCCAAUGCGCAAGAAGCAUAUGAUAACUUGGAGACUCUGUUUUCUCAACUUUUGAAACUACAAACUUCAGAUGAACUGUUAACCAAACCAAAGCAGCUUCCAGAAAAGUACACUCUGCCUCCAUCUCCACCUAUCAUACUGCCUAUGCAGAUUAUGCUGGCUCCUCUUCAGAAAAGAUUCAAGUAUCAUUUUGCAGGGAACAGACAAACAAAUGUUUUAAGCAAGCCUGAAUGGUACCUAACACAGGUGCUUAUGUGGAUUGGAAACCAUGCUAAGUUUCUUGAAGACAAAAUCCAGCCAAUAUUGGAUAAAGCAGGCUUUCCAGUGAACGCAAGGCUGGAAUUUUCCCGAGCUUUGGUGAUGUUGAUCCUGGAGAAACUGGCUACUGAUAUUCCCUUUUUGUUGUAUGAUGACAAUCUCUUCUGUCAUCUGGUGGAUGAGGUGCUUCUAUUUGAGAGAGAGCUACACAGUGUUCAUGGAUAUCUCAGCAGCUUUCCCAGCUGUAUGCAUAUUUUAUCAGAAGAAACCUGUUUUCAGAGAUGGUUAACUGUGGAAAGAAAAUUUGCUCUUCAAAAGAUGGACUCUAUGCUUUCAUCUGAAGCUGCUUGGAUAUCACAAUAUAAAGAUAUCACCGAUGUAGAUGAAAUGAAAGUCCCAGACUGUGCUGAAACUUUUAUGACUUUGUUACUGGUUAUCACAGACAGGUAUAAGAAUCUUCCUACAGCUGCUAGAAAGCUACAGUUCCUAGAGCUGCAAAAAGAUUUGGUGGAUGACUUCAGGAUACGACUAACUCAAGUUAUGAAAGAAGAGAGCAGAGCACCUUUAGCCUUCCGGUACUGUGCAAUCCUAAAUGCUGUUAACUACAUAGCAACAGUUCUAGCAGACUGGGCUGACAAUGUUUUCUUCCUGCAGCUCCAGCAGGCUGCCCUGGAAGUCUGUGCAGACAGCAGUGCGCUAAGCAAGCUCCAGCUAGGGCAGCUGGCUUCAAUGGAGACCUCUGUCUUUGAUGACAUGAUCAACCUCCUUGAGCGGCUGAAACACGACAUGCUGACCCGUCAAGAAGACCACGUCUUCAGGGAGGUCAAAGAUGCUGCCAAGAUGUACAAAAAAGAACGGUGGCUUUCUUUACCAUCCCAGUCUGAACAGGCAGUGAUGUCUUUGUCAAGCAGCGCCUGCCCCCUGCUACUGACUUUAAGAGACCGGCUGCUACAGCUAGAGCAGCAGCUUUGUUAUUCACUGUUCAAAGUCUUCUGGCAAAUGCUUGCAGAGAAAGUGGAUUUAUUCAUCUAUCAGGAAAUAAUUUUGGCCAAUCACUUCAAUGAAGGAGGAGCAGCACAACUCCAAUUUGACAUGACUAGGAAUCUUUUCCCUUUAUUUUCACAUUACUGCAAGCGGCCAGAAAAUUAUUUCAAACAUAUAAAGGAAGCCUGUAUUGUACUGAACUUAAAUGUUGGCUCAGCCUUGCUUCUGAAAGAUGUGCUGCACUCAGCUGCUGAAAACAGAUCGGGAACUGUCCUGAAUUCGAAUCAGCCUACUGCAGUGGCGGCAUUAAAUGAACUUGGAAUCUACAAAUUAGCUAAGCAGGAUGUUGAGAUUCUUCUUAAUUUGAGAACAAACUGGCCAAACACUGGGAAAUAAGC